AUGAGAGUUACGAAGUUGAAAGGGAUUUGGAUGGAUUUAAAUAAAAGGCACGUAUUAGAGAACAAAAUUAUUUCCAAACUCGACGAACGUUUAAUUGAGCUUACAGCUUCAAUUCGGCAAGCAAUUGAAGCAUCGGUUGAUCGGCGCAUCUUGGAGACCUUACACCGGACCUCUGAAUUUGGGAAUGAUGCUUCAGGGCACAGUCCUAAUUCUAGAGGUGCCCGCAACUCGAACUCCACCUAUUCUUGUGGCACCCGUUUGGCUCGAAUCGAUUUUCCACGCUUUGGCGGUGAUGCAAUCCAACAGUGGAUUUAUCAGUGUGAAACGUUCUUUGCGAUUGACGGCACUCCGGAAGAUUUUCGGGUGAAAUUAGCGGUAAUCCAUUUUGAAGGAAAGGCACUGCAGUGGCAUACUUCUUUUAUUAAGACUCUUCCAGUCGGUCACCUUCCAACUUGGACCGACUUUACCCGUAUAUUGAUAGAUCGUUUUGGUGAGAUCGAUGAUGACCCGAUGUCGGACCUUAUGAAAUUAAGGCAAACUGGUUCUGUGGUUGAACAUCAUGAUCACUUUGAUGUUAUAACUUCUCGAUUGGAUCUCAGUGACAACCAUUUGUUAAGUUGUUUCUUAGGCGGUUUGGAAAAGGAUAUUCAACUGACUGUCAAAAUGUUUCAGCCCCAGGAUUUAAGGAAGACAUUCCAUUUGGCUAAAUUGUAUGAGUCCGCUUCUGCUUCAAACAUGCCGCCCAAAUUUUCUCUUAAAUCCCCGAGUGCAUAUACGAAUACAAUGGCCAUUUUGCCUCCACCGAAACCUUUGAACAAACCACCUGACUCACAGACAAACCAACGACACGCUAAUAAGAAACCCACUCCUGCUUUUAUGAUUGAGAGGAGAUCAAAGGGCCUUUGCUAUUUUUGUGAUGAACCUUACAGCCCUGCCCAUGCUGUGACACAUAAGAAAUUGGAGAUUCAUGUUCUGGAGGUAAGUAACAAUGAGGAGGAACUUGUCGAUCAGCUUGAUGAUACACACGAAGAUGAUAAUCCUUCCUUGGACCCUCACAUCUCAGUUAAUGCCUUGACUGGUAUUGCAACCUUCAACACUAUGAGGGUGACUGGUUACUUUAAGAAGAAACCCCUGCAUAUACUCAUUGACAGCGGCAAUACCCAUAAUUUCUUGGAUGAGUCAGUAGCUAAACAAUUGGGCUAUCCGUUGACUGCUAUUUCCCCUUUAAGUGUAGCAGUGGCUGAUGGGGCUCGAGUAAACAUCACUGCCAUUGCUAAACAUUUUCCUUGGACAAUGCACAACAGGGAAUUUACCUCAAAUAUGCUUCUAAUUCCUUUAGGAUGUUGUGAUGUGGUAUUAGGAAUUGAAUGGUUGGUUACCCUCGGAGACAUUACUUGGAAUUUUGAUAAGUUGACUAUGCAAUUUUCUGUCCAGGGCAAGAGGAUGGUUUUGCGAGGUACUACUGACAUUGGGCUGAAAACUGCUAGAAAAAGACAGUUGCAGAAAACAAUUACUGGUGGUGUUCAUUUAUCCCUAUUGCAAUUGUGUGACCAGGAUAACGAUUUUCUCUUCCACUCCUUGACUACACAUGCGGACUGCCAGCUCAUUCCUAACUCUAUAGAAGCAUUAUUGUUGCAAUUUCAUGAUAUUUUUCAAGAACCUACCACUCUGCCUCCUACACGACCUGGUCAUGAUCACAAAAUUCCCUUGGUUACAGGCGCCAAUCCUAUCAACAAGCGGCCCUAUAGAUAUGUUAAACAGCAGAAGGAUAUUAUUGACAAAUUGGUGCAUGACUCUCUUAAAUCUGGUAUCAUACAGCAAAGUAGCAGCCCUUUUGCUAGCCCUGUUGUUUUGGUUGGAAAAAAAGAUGGCUCUUGGAGACUCUGUGUAGAUUACCGAGACCUUAAUAAACAAACCAUUAAGGAUAGAUUUCCUAUUCCUUUAGUGGAUGAUCUGUUAGAUGAGUUACAUGGUUCUAUGGUGUUUUCUAAAAUUGAUUUACGGUCCGGAUAUAAUCAAGUACGAAUGGAGGAUGGUGAUAUUCAUAAAACUGCAUUUAAGACCCACGGAGGUCACUUUGAGUAUUUAGUUAUGCCAUUUGGCUUAACUAAUGCUCCAGCCACCUUCCAAGGUCUCAUGAAUGAUGUUUUCAAGGAUUAUUUGCGACACUUUCUUUUGGUGUUCUUUGAUGAUAUUUUAAUAUACAGCAAGGAUCUUCCACAUCACCUUUCGCAUUUGCAUAGCGUAUUGUUGACUAUGCGCCAAAAUUCUUUGUAUGCGAAGAAAUCCAAAUGCUACUUUGGUGUAGAACGAGUUGAGUAUUUAGGCCAUUUUAUCACAAAGGAGGGUGUAUCCACCGACCCUGCAAAAAUCUUGGCUGUCCAGAAUUGGCCUAUUCCAACGUCCUUGAAACAGUUGAGAGGAUUUUUGGGACUUGCCGGUUACUAUCGACGCUUUGUUCGGGGUAUGGUAGUAUUGCACGGCCAUUGA